AGUGGCGCUAUACAGCGGGGGGAGCGGAAAAGGUGGGAUUUAGCAUGAAUGUGUAAUGACUUUUUCGAAUAGAAGGUUUUUGCUUUUGUCAUUCCCUUGGACGCACUCAUGGAGGUUAUCUCCAGUGCUGUCAAUGAAAAGGAAGGACUUCACAUUGGUCAGACUUUGGUGCUGCCUAAAUAUCUUUGUUUCAGUACCUGUGGGACCCUCUGGGAACCGAGGGUGGCUACUACGGCCACAGCAGCAGCGGCUCCGCCGGCUGCGGGAACAGCAGCGCUGCCCCCGACCCGCUGCGACAGGAGGUGGAAGCCCUGGUCUCCCACUGGAACCUCUACAUCAACCUGGGGGCUUCUUUGUCAGUCUCUUCUCCGUGACUCUCUUUGGACCAUGGAGCGACAGCGUGGGCCGCCGUCCGGCGCUCAUCCUGCCGGCAGCGGGCCUGGCCCUGCAAACGGCCAUCUACCUGCUCGUCAUGUACCUGGAGCUGCACGUCGCCUACUUUCUCCUGGGACGCCUUCUGAGUGGCCUGACGGGAGACUACAACCUGAUCCUGGCCAGCUGCUUUGCCUACGUGGCCGACACCAGUGACAGGCGCACGCGGACGUUCCGGGUGGCCAUCCUCGAGGCGUGCCUGGGCACCGCGGGCAUGCUGGCCAGCAUCGGUGGUGGUCACUGGUGCAAGGCCCAAGUGGAAGUUCUCUUUACUCUCUGCCUUUUUUUCCUUCUUGUCACAGUGCAUUUUGGAGCCAAGGACCUCUUGCUUUUCUAUGAGCUUGGCUUCCCUCUCUGCUGGGCUUCUGACCUCAUCAGGACAGUGGUUUCCCAGAGCAAUUGGCCAGUGAAACCACCAGUGCAAGAGGGAUCAGUGACCAGCAGGCACCAGAUUUGCCUGGAGACCUGGAACUGGAAAGAAACUACUGGAGAUUUCAGACUUUACAGGUGGAUUGGAAAAGCAGUUGGGGAAAAUGCCCCUCCGGAGACAGAAAAUCUAAAGGUUCCUGGGACAGCGGAAAAGCCAAAGUGGUUUUGCUUGCAGGUGACUUGUCCCUUUCCACAGAACAGACCUGUCUCUAUACCACUGCCUUGGCAAAACUGGCCUGGAUGGCAGUCCUGCUCUCAUUGCAGCUCUAACAGGAACAGUCACUGGUUCCUUCGCCUCUCCACGUUAUGGGCACAUGCCUGUCUUGUUUGCCCAAGAUGGGAAAGUUUGUAG